UAGGAAACUGGCUUACAUGAUGGGUUUAAAUCUGGUAUCUUAGACUGAUUCUCACUAUGAAAGCAAAUCAGUUGCCUUUAAUGUAUUUUCCUUCUGUAAUAGGCUAAAAUAAUAAUUUCUUGCUUUCGAGUGUAUUCCAAAUACCUUUUAUUUUUCUAUACAACAUGAAAAGAAAAGAUUUUUACUGAGGCACACAAGGCAUUUGUGUGCUGAUGCUGAACGCUGAUGUUUAUCUGGAGUCCCUAGUUUUUGUAAAUCUAUAGCUACCACUAUGCAUCAUCGGUUUAAGCAGUGUUUUGCAGGAAAUAAUGGAUGAUAUUUAAUUUGAAUCGUACAAGAAGAGAUAAGCAGAUGAAUGGAAUGUUGCUUGUAAGAAGAAAUGGGUUUUGCUGAUGCAGACGUGCAAGCAACAUGAGUCCAGAUGGAAUAAUCAAAUAACUGCAUGGUCUGAAUGCAAGCGCCUGGUAGAGAAGGAAUGAUUAUCUAUGCAAUGGAAACCAAGCAUUGUUUAAAUGAUUACAAUUCACAUUAGCAGAAUCAUUAAAAUCUAGCUAAUAUAAUGUUUCUCCGGAAAAUUUCUGGGAUAUUCCCUGCUGGAUUUGGACUGCGCCUUUCUCAGAAAUUCAUUUUCCUGUUAUUCUUGUCUGGAUUUAUUACACUUUGCUUUGGAACACUGUUUCUCCUUCCAGACACAUCUAAAUUCAAGAGGAUAUUUUUAUCAAGUGCACAUAAUCAGAAUAUAGAAAAAUUGCACAGUUAUGCUGGUAAGAAGAUGAGUAAGAAAACUGUAGAAGACCAAAAGUCUAUAAUACGCAAUUCUCAGCAUGAAAAAUGGAAAUCCAAAGAUAAAUUUAAUGUGGAUGUGCCGUCUUUAGCAGUCAUAGCUAACAAGAAUGACAGAGCUGAAAAAGAAGAGGUUUUUAUAAACAAAGAACAUAUAAUAGCACAGAAGGACCAGUUAAAGUCUACCUUUGAUUAUAAGACUUUUAGAAAAAACCUUAAAUAUCCCCCAAUGGGGAGUAAACAUGAGCCAAAAGAUAUCGAUAUGCAGGAAAAAAGAAAAAAAGUCAAAGAGAUGAUGAUAUUUGCAUGGAAUAGCUACAAGCAAUAUGCAUGGGGGGAAAAUGAAUUACGACCACUAACGAAAGAUGGACAUUUUGGAAGUCUGUUUGGUGGCCUUAAGGGAGCCACAAUUGUUGAUGCACUGGACACACUUUUUAUUAUGGGUAUGAAGGAGGAGUUUGAGGAAGCUCAGAAAUGGAUAGAGACCAGCCUUGACCUGAAUGUGAAUGGAGAAGCCUCACUGUUUGAAGUAAAUAUCCGUUACAUUGGGGGAUUACUAUCUGCAUAUUUCCUUUCAGGAAAAGAGGUCUUCAGAGACAAGGCUAUAGGCCUUGGAAAUAAACUGCUGCCAGCAUUUAGUACUCCCACUGGAAUUCCACGUGGGAUCAUCAACCUUGGGAAUGGUUUAACCUGGAGCUGGGGUUGGGCCUCAGCAGGAAGCAGCAUUUUGGCUGAAUUUGGAACCUUGCACCUGGAGUUUGUGCAGCUAAGUGAACUAUCUGGAAACACAAUAUUUACUGAAAAGGUGAAUGGUAUUCGGAAACUUUUAAGCAAGAUUGAAAAACCUCAUGGAUUAUACCCUAAUUAUUUUAGCCCCAUCAGUGGAAACUGGGUACAACACCAUGUUUCACUUGGAGGACUUGGUGACAGCUUCUAUGAAUAUUUAAUCAAAUCUUGGCUGAUGUCAGCAAGACAGGACAAUGAAGCUAAGAGCAUGUACUAUGAUGCUUUAGAGGCAAUAGAAACGCAUCUUAUAAGAAAGUCUCCUGGAGGGCUAACUUACAUUGCUGAGUGGAGAGGUGGGAUCCUGGACCACAAAAUGGGGCAUCUAACCUGCUUUGCUGCAGGAAUGUUUGCUCUAGGAGCAAGAGAUGCUCCUGCACAGAAGAGAGACCAUUACAUGGAGUUAGCAGCAGAGAUUGCAAACACAUGCCAUGAAUCUUAUGCACGUACAGAUACUAAGCUGGGACCUGAAGUUUUCAGGUUUGACUUUGGAGCUGAAGCCACAGCAUCACGAUUAAGUGAAAGAUAUUACAUGUUGCGGCCAGAAGUGGCUGAAAGUUAUGUUUACUUGUGGAGGUUAACGCACAAUCCCAAAUACAGAGAAUGGGGCUGGGAGAUUGUACAGGCCCUAGAGAAAUAUUGCAGGAUAGAAAGUGGAUUUUCUGGCAUCAGGGAUGUUUAUAGCACGAGUCCAAACCAUGACAAUGUUCAGCAAAGCUUUUUCAUGUCGGAAACAUUAAAAUACCUCUACCUGCUGUUUUCAGAAGAUGAUUUACUUUCACUAGAAGACUGGGUAUUUAACACAGAAGCACAUCCACUACCAAUUACUCAUCUAAAGUCAAGUUGAAGCACAAGAUUCCAGUAUACCUACAGUCAGAGUUUUUAUUAGAAGCCUAAACUUUCAUAUGAAAUAAAUUCUAUUUUAUGAGAUUAAUUUAGGAUAAUAUGAAUUAAAUAAUCUAAAGACAGUAUGAAACUCCAAAACAUCUUAUAUUUAGCACUAAAAGAAAUAGUGGCCUUCUGCAGAAAAGAAAAUCUGCCUUUAUUUUCCUUUUUUGCAAGAAAAAAAUGAAUAAGUUAAGGGAUCUGUAUCUAUGUUCCUUUUUUUUACUGCAGUAUUUCUGUCAACAUCUGUGCAGAAUAGGGAUGUCUAACAUGCAGCCUUCCAGCUGCACAUGUCUGUGUUUGUUAUAGUGCAAACCCUGGCCACGUGUUGGAUGCUUCUGAUUCUGGACAAUGCAUUGUGUUACAGGGCUAGUUGUAAAUUUCCAUUAUCAAAGCCAAGUUGACCUGCAAUCAGAACUCUUUCCAAAUUGUUUUUUCCUUGCAAUUUAAUCUUGUUUUCUUUUUAUCAGACAUAUCAGAGCUGCAAUAUUUAAAUGCAGCUGCAUUCUGUGCAACUCCAGCAAGUUACAGUGUUGAACUGCAAUGAAUUUGCUUUACAGAUGCAGUGUAUAUAUGUAUAUGUAUGAUUGCUUCAGAAGUGCUAUGCAGAAAUAUUACAUUUUAGGCACGUUUUAUCACAACAAAGUGUUGUGCAUUAGUUUAGUACAUUCUUGCAUUUCUUAAUUAUUAUGGAUACAGUUAUUGUUGUUUGUUUUUAAAACCAUUGCCAUUUGUAAACUUUCUUUUGUUGCAUGGGGAUUCUUGAGUUGAAAUUUACAUUAUAUUUAGAGUUUUAUUUAAUUCUUUUCCCCAUCCUGCGAAAGCUGCAGGAGAUAAUUUCCCAUGUAAUUAUAUCUUGAAUGGUUUCUCACCACUAAGGUGGUGUUUGUCAAAUGUUUACUCUGUGUCUUUUUAAGUAAAGUUUUUGGGACCCUCACAGAAACAGAAUGCAAAGCAAUACAUUGAAGUACACUGAGCUUCUCAUCUAAAAGGCUAUGAAAGAGCUAGAAAAACUUUUCAGUGGUUGAUGGGAUUGCAGCCCACACAUCAUUGUAAUUGCUUUUUUAGUGGAAGGACAUUGUUCAAAGUUGUGUUAAUGUAAAUUAUUAUUGUCAACUAAUAUCCAAAUAUUGUUAAGUAGGUAAGAAAUAGGUUCCGUAUUCAAA